AUGUCGACGCGGGCUGCGUGCGGGUGCGGUGCGGGCGUUCGCGGCGGCGGUGCGGUGCGGCGCUGGCGCAUGCAGAGCUCCCGGGCACGCUCCUCCGUCAAAGACGACAAGGACGGACAUCUGGUCUACUGGCCCGGAUAUGUCAUGGGAGCGAGAUACAAAAUCAUCGACACUCUCGGUGAGGGCACCUUCGGCAAGGUGGUUGAAGUGAAGGACUUAGAAAUGGAGCACAGAAUGGCUCUGAAGAUAAUCAAAAACGUUGAGAAGUACAGAGAGGCUGCUAAACUUGAGAUUAAUGUAUUAGAAAAGUUAGCUGACGUCGAUCCUGACUGUAAAAACUUAUGCGUUAAGAUGUUAGACUGGUUUGAAUACCAUGGCCACAUGUGCAUUGCAUUUGAAAUGCUUGGACAAAGUGUAUUUGAUUUUCUGAAAGACAACAAUUACCAGCCUUAUCCAUUAGAGCAGGUGCGACAUAUAUCUUACCAGCUCAUAUAUAGCGUGUUAUUUCUACACGAUAACAAGCUCACGCAUACUGAUCUCAAACCAGAAAAUAUACUUUUUGUGGAUAGCGACUACGAAGUCGUCAGUGUAUAUAAUGGAUCCAAAAAAGUAAGUUCUGAUAAGCACGACCUGCGGCGCGUCAAGCGCAGCGACGUGCGCCUCAUCGACUUCGGCAGCGCCACCUUCGACCACGAGCACCACUCCACCAUCGUGUCCACGCGCCACUACCGCGCGCCAGAGGUCAUACUGGAAUUAGGAUGGUCCCAGCCUUGUGAUGUAUGGUCAAUCGGCUGCAUCAUGUUUGAGUUGUACCUAGGCAUCACACUUUUUCAAACACAUGACAACAGAGAACAUCUCGCCAUGAUGGAGAGGAUUCUAGGACCUAUACCUUACAGAAUGGCGCGGAAAACUAGGACAAAAUAUUUCUACCACGGUAAAUUAGACUGGGAUGAGAAAUCGUCAGCUGGCAGAUACGUUAGAGAAAACUGCAAACCCCUGUUGAGGUACUUGCAGAGCAACAGUGAGGAGGCGCGGCAGCUGUUCGAGCUAAUCGCACGCAUGCUCGAGUAUGAGCCCUCGCAACGCAUCACGCUCCGGGAGGCACUCAAGCACCCCUUUUUCAAUAAGCUACCGCCACACCAGAGACUCGGACACCAGUUGACAAGGCCGUCGUUUCUUAGGUCAGGCCUUUUUGUCGUUAGACGCUUUUCUCGAGGCUUUCUUUUUCUUUAUUACUCUCAUCGGAACACAUGUUGCGACAUGACGUUACGAUGA